GGGGCUCAGUGGGUGGUUAUAACACAGGCUGGUGCUGGGAGCUGGGAGGAGGCUGCAGGGAGCCGAAGUCUGCCUCAUCGGCCAGGGCCAGCGAGCGGGCUCCCCCCACACACACCUGGGGGACCCAGCAGGAGCAGUGGCCAUGGCUGCAGUAGGAGCCCCCUUGAUGUGGGUGGCAGGUGCCCUAAUCACAGUCCUGAUCCUGGGGGUGCCAGAGCCUCUUCUUGCAAACUAUGCUGCUUCCUGUGGCAAUGGCCAGGCAGCUGGGCCUUCUGGGGGCAAUCGGGACCUGGGAGCUGGCACCAGGGAAAACACCCGCAUGGAGGGCGGCAGCAGUGACCGUAUCGUGAAUGGCAGCGAGUGUGAAAAGAACCACCAGCCGUGGCAGGGUGCCCUGCUGUUCAAUUCCAACCAGCUGUACUGCGGGGCAGUGCUGGUGAACCCGCAGUGGCUGCUCACCGCCGCCCACUGCCACAAGUCUUCCAUCAAAAUCCGCCUGGGCCACCAUUCCCUGUCCCCCGUGUAUGAAUCGGGGCAGCAGCUGUUCCAGGGGAUCAAGUCCAUCCCGCACCCUGGCUACUCGCACCCCGGCCACUCCAAUGACCUCAUGCUCAUCAAACUAAACAGAAAGAUUCGAGAGAGCGAGGCCGUCAGGCCCAUUGACGUCGGCAAGCAAUGUCCGUCCACAGGGACCAACUGCCAGGUGUCAGGCUGGGGGACAACCAGCAGCCCCCAGGUCCACUUCCCCAAGGCUCUGCAGUGCCUGAACAUCACAGUGCUGAGUGAGGAGCGCUGCAAGGCAGCCUACCCAGGCCAGAUCGAUGCCACCAUGUUCUGCGCUGGCGACCAGGUGGGCAGAGACUCCUGCCAGGGUGACUCCGGCGGCCCUGUGAUCUGCAACGGUGUCCUUCAGGGCCUGGUGUCCUGGGGAGACUUCCCCUGCGGCCAGCCCAACAAACCUGGCGUCUACACCAGACUUUGCUACUUCAGCAAGUGGAUUGAGAACACCAUCAACUCCAACUGAAUCCUCUCCACACCCGGCAUCUGGCGCCUUCCCCCCAUGCCUUCUGGACACCCAUUCCUUCCCAGAGAUGGGGAGAAUGCCCAUCUCUCCAGCACCCCCUCUUCUGAUUGGAUGCAGAUAGGGCAGGGGCUAAGCCUCAGUCUCCCUCAUCCUCCCCAGAGCCCUCUUUCCUCAGCUCAGCGGCCCUCCCCUCUCUGCAUCUGUGACCCAGAUUCCACCCUGAGAAAUAAAGAGUCUGAGAGGCA